GGUCAAAACUCACCCAGGUCAAAUCUUGCUGAAUGCCCCCCCACCCCAGUUCCUCGAAGUGAUUCCACAACGAAAGUUUUCCAUCUCGUUCUGUUUCAUUUUGAAACAAGAUUAGCUUGUAGUUCCUACUCAAAUUGCCUUCUCUGUUUCGUUUUGCGUAACUACAUGCAAGCUCCGAACUUCAGCUCCUACAAAAGCUUCGAGAUAUUUACCCAGUUGUACGCUUGGUUGAGUCGCGAUUUUGGGGAAUCAUUUCUGUGUUUAUAUAGCGAGUUGACGAAUUUUGGUGCAAAUUCUCUCAAGAUCUUUUUGAGCCAUUGAUGUUCUGAAGUCCUUCUGAGUCUAGCAUAGUGUAUAGAAAUGGAUCCACCACCAGACGAACUCAAUAGUUUCAUUGAUGGGUAUGUAGUCGAUGACGGUGAUGAUGCCGCCUUUUCGAAUUUACCAGAGAAUGAUCUUGUUAGUAGGCUCACGAUCGACGACAUGUUCAAUAAGUACACAUACACGCCUCCUUUGGGCGCUAACCUUGGGAAGGAACUGGCCGAGGACUAUGAUUUUGGUGAUGCAGCUGUCAAGUACAUUCACCAGAUGCUUAUGGAGGAAGACAUAGAAGAGAAGAGCAUCGGGUGUCACGAGGCCUCGGCGCUCGAGGCAGCCGAGAAAUCACUCUACGAGGUCAUUGGGGAGAGGUAUCCGCCAGCUGCGGAUCAGCAUCCGUUACCUAAUCGAACCAAUGAGAGCUCGUGUAAUAGUAGCGGUGGUGCGAUUAACUUGGUUGAGGCAGAGCCGAACCGUGUGUCACAAGAGCAUACUGUCCUCACCACGGUGUCUCAAUCCAUCUCAUCGUCAAUUGGCCAGUCAUUGGGUGGUGUCUAUGAUGGUAUCACUACCGCUGGACGUGCUGAAUCUCCACUGAGUGACGUUUCUUUGCCUGAACUAAUUGGAAGGGAGUCUGUUAUCGAGUUCAAGGGCAAUGGUGAAGAAGCGAGAGAGUCGCUUGCUUUCGGAAAUGAAAUUCUAGUUGAUCCGGAGAGGGGUGAAUUUUCCUUUAACGAACAAACUGAAGAGCCUACAAGUUUGGUUGCAAAUCUAGAGAACGAUGGGAACGUGUUUGCCGACCUUGGAGGAUACAGGGGAAAGAAAAAUCCUUUGCAGGAGGAUGUGAACUUAGAGGAAGGAAGGGUGAGCAAGCAUUUAUCAGUAUACACUGAAUCAACUGUGAGGUCGGAGAUGUUCGAUAUAGUGUUGCUCAAUCGUAAUGGAAGCGAAGCUACCCUUCGCGAAGCUCUAUGGAACCUGAUGCAGAUUGGCAAACAGAAAGCGCCGAACAAGGGGAAGGCCCGCGGCAAGCAGCAAGGCAGGCACAAGAGGGAUGUGGUCGACUUGAGAACUCUUUUGACGCUUUGUGCACAAGCUGUUACUAUGGAUGAUCGAGGAGUCGCAGGCGAGCUGCUCAAGCAGAUCAGAAGGCACGCGUCUCCCACAGGGGACGGGAUGCAAAGGACGGCACACUAUUUUGCGAAUGGUCUCGAGGCGCGCCUCACCGGGUCAGGCUCUCAGAUAUACAAGGCUCUCAUGGCUAGGCCAACAUCGGUUCUCGAUGCGUUGAAGGCUUAUCAUCUCUUUCUGGCAGCUUGUCCUUUUAAGAAGCUCUUAAUUUCCUUCUCGAACAAGACGAUAAUGAAAGUGGCCAGGGAGGCACCCAAGUUGCACAUCAUUGAUUUCGGAAUUCUCCAUGGUUUCCAGUGGCCUGGCCUUAUAGAGCGUCUCUCAUUGAGCCCCGGUGGACCACCUAAGCUUCGGAUGACUGGGAUUGACCGGCCAAAACCAGGACUUAAACCAGAGGAAAUCGUUGAGGAAACCGGAAGACGCUUGGCGAGCUAUGCCAAAACUUUCAAUGUCCCAUUCAAGUUUAAUGCUAUAGCGAAAAAUUGGGAUGCCAUUAAAGUUGAGGAGCUAAAUAUCCACAGCGAUGAAAUCCUUGUCGUGAACUGCACAAAUAGAGUACGUCACACACCCGAUGACACGGUGCUGGCGGAGGAGAGUCCACGAGAUGUUGUACUGAAUCUGAUAAAAAAGAUGAAUCCCCAUGUUUUCAUUCAGGGAGUCAUAAAUGGUGAACAUGGUGUCCCCUUUUUCGUUUCGCGGUUCCGGGAAGCACUCUUCCAUUUUUCAGCUAUGUUUGACAUGCUCGAGGCGACCAUGCCUCGUGACGCCCCAGGGAGGUUGCUGCUUGAGCGAGAGAUAUUCGGGAGGCAUGCGAUGAAUGUCAUUGCCUGCGAAGGCUCUGAGAGGAUUGAGAGGCCAGAGACAUACAAAAUGUCGCACUUGCGAAACCUGAGGUCUGGGUUUAGGCAGCUACCCUUGGAUAAGGAUAUGGUGAGCUUGGCAAAGGACAGGUUAAAAUCUUACUACCAUAAAGAUUUUGAGAUUGAAGAAGAUGGGCAGUGGCUAUUGCAGGGCUGGAAGGGCAGGAUUAUCUAUGCGCUAUCGACCUGGAGGUGAAUGUAUAAAUUGCCCGUCGAAAGUAGAUAAGGAAAGAUUUUCACAUCCUGCUAGUCUUUUUCUGCUCUUACCGUUUCUAUUGCAGAGUCCGAAGGCAUUUCUAGAUCUGUAAGGUUCACAAUCAGUGGUUUUGAAAUUGAAUCUCUAAGCUUCCCUGCAUCUUUGCGCAUGUUGGAGGGAACUGUAUUGUUAGAACUGUUUUGUCUGAUGAAAAUAGAUGAACAAAACGUUUCUAUG